UCUUAUAAGCAUCGCGCUUAAUGUUAAUUUGUAAUUUUAUAAUAAAUUAGUUCUUAGUAAAUUGGUUUUUUUUGGAGUGCACCGGCGGGUGAAACAUAAUUUACUCAAGUGACCUAAUACAAAAAUAACAAAUAUUUCAAUAUCAAUAGAAUGUAUAUAAAUCAGACUCGUAUUUAAAUGGAGAAAACGCAAAGCUAAUUGCAGAUGUCGCUUUCAUCGCUUGACUCAUAACAAUACGCUGUCAGUAUUCAGAAUUUCUUUCGUAAACUUUAGAUACGAUUUAGUAAAUCUUAAAAGGUGUUCACAAGUGAAAACUGCUGAAAAAUGUAUUCGACUUGGACUGUUCCUCAAUUAAAAGCAGAAUUGAACACCAAGGGCGGUACUUUAAAAGGCAGAAAGGCAAAUCUUGUCACCAGUGUUAAAAUGGAUUUACCAUCCAUUGAUUUAUAUCGGGACAUCAAUGCAAGCACAAGCCUUCCUUCCGUGACGAAACAACAUAUUCAAUUAUAUUACAAUGAUUUAGUAGUAGUUGUUAGAGCAGCUACAGUAGGUGAAUAUACCUUUGUUAAAGGCAUAACUCGUGCUUCAAUGAAACGGCUUCAAUAUGAAGUGAAUAUUAAGAUACAUGCUAGAGGAUCAAUAGAGGAAUCUCAAUGUGAAUGUGUGGCAGGUAGUGGUACAAAUGCCCAUUGCAAGCAUGUGGCUACUGUGCUCUAUGCCAUAGAGCAUAUGGUGCGUGAAAAAAUUAUAAUUAAACAUCAAGUGCCAACAGAAAGAUUGCAAAAGUUUCAUGUGCCACAGAAAGUUUUCACUACAUCUCCUAUGAUAACUUCAAAACAACCCAUGAAAAGAAAUGUGGAAAAUACAAUAUUUUCCCCAUGCUCUAUGCUAGUGGAAAAAGAAGAAAAGAUUUAGAAGUUUGAUCCUAAAUCACCCAUCAAAAAUGUAUUACCUAUG